AUAACAUAUACCAUAUCACGCAUCACACCAUGUCCACAACACUCACAUUCACUCAAGGCCUCCUGCUCGGGCAACUCUCCGUGGUUUUAUUAAUUGGAGCAUUCAUCAAAUUCUUUAUAUUCGGAGAAGCACCACCCAUUCGAAACAAGCCAUCAUCAUCUCAAUCCCAAUCGCAUUUUCACUCUCGUUCUCAAUCCACACACCGAUCCAAAUUCCCCAAUCCGCAACAUAUCCGAUCACCUUCACUACACAGUCUAGCGAGUUCGCGGACGUCGGCGCAACAGCAGUCGUUGCGAAAUAAGGCUAGUUCCACUAACGUGUUGAGACCGGUGCCGACCACGGCGACGGAUAUUGAUUCGAUUCUGAGGAAGACAUAUUAUCAGAUUCCGAGUGUGAGUCGGUUUGGGUCGCCGCAGGGGGCGAGUAGUCAUACAACUAAUGGCGCGGGAUUUGGGGGGAAGAAUUCGGCUGGAGGUGUCGGCGCACAGAGUCAACAUCAUCAUCAUCAUCAACAACAACACCACAACGAGCACAACCAUAAUCAUCACUCACAUCACAAUAAACCCCAUUCGACUCAUCAGCCGGAAAGUCUCGAUUGGUUUAAUGUGCUCACGGCUCAGGCCAUAGCACAGUAUCGACAGACAGCAUACAAUCUGCGUGAUGCAUCUAGUGGAGGCGCACCCAUGAUCCUCGCCAGUUUGGAGGCGGCCAUGAACAACCCCGACAAACGCCCUUCGUUCAUCGAUCAGAUCAAGAUUACAGAAAUUUCAAUGGGCGAAGAAUUCCCCAUCUUUAGCAACGUCCGAGUCAUUGCUAUGGAAGACGAUGCCUCCAGUGGCCCUUCAGGCACCGGUGGAAGAUUACAAGCCCUGAUGGAUGUCGACUUGUCCGAUGACAAUCUGACCCUGGCUAUCGAAACUGCUCUGAUUCUCAAUUACCCCAAACCAUUUUCCGCUGUCCUGCCUGUUGCUUUGGCUGUUUCUGUUGUCAGAUUCUCAGGCACCUUGUCCAUCAGCUUUGUGCCAGCCACCCAAGAUGACCCUGACACCUCGGACAAACAAGGUUCUGCUACCAGCAAACCAAAGACUAACCUCGCCUUUUCCUUUCUUCCCGACUACCGCCUCGAUCUUUCUGUUCGGAGCUUGAUUGGCUCUCGAACUCGGUUGCAAGAUGUGCCCAAGAUUGCCCAACUUGUCGAAGCUCGCGCUCAAGCUUGGUUCGAGGAGAGAGUCGUUGAACCACGUGUCCAGGUCGUACCCUUGCCAGGAAUGUGGCCUCGCAUGGGAAAGGUCAGGGUUCGCGAGGGCCAAGAAGACGAGCGUCCCCCCACCCAGGACGAACAUCGGGCUACUUCCUUCCCCGAGAAGAGGGAGACCCGCCCGGACGACAACUUCCCCAGCCAAGAAGAGACUGAACGUCUGUUCCAAGGUCUUAGGUUCCGCAACGGGCAUGUUCGUUCCAACAGCCAGGCCAUCGUUACGGAAGAGGAUCCUCCAACACCCCAGCCUAUGAUGGCCAUGCCUGGAGCUCUCCCUGCGUGAAGAGAUACCCUCGCCAGCGUCUUACGACUGAUCCUGGACGAUGGGAGAAUCGAGAUAGUCUCCCCCUUCUCACGAUUCGUCUUGCUCACAGCGAAGAACAUACUUCACGCCAUAGUUUCUCCCCCGGCUCGUUGCACACUGGCGACCACCAGAGAAAUUUGGACAAAGCGAAUUCCAUCGAUGACCACUGGUCGAUACCUAGGAGCAGUACCUGCUGUGACAGCUGCUCGACAUACCAUGGUCGAUCCGGAGUGAAGCUAGCCGAGAUGGCGCCGAGGCUGGUUGCCCAUAAUAACAUAUAUGCAUAGGAAGAACCAUUGCGGGAGGCAGCACAUCCCUCGAGCGCCUUUUUCAGCAUGGAGGCGAGUCGAGGUUUGACGCCUUGCAUGGGAGGGACGGGGAAAAUGACCAUGUCACUGAAGACAAGGGUAGCAAGUCGACAUGCCUGGAUAAUGGCGCCGGGUCCAUCUGAUGUCUCUACGUCUGGAGGGGGCAUUUGACUCAAUAGUUGGUGUUGUGCUGAAUUCCGAGCUUCCACCAAGUCGACCAUGUCUGGGGCAGUAGGUCCUCCUCGCGAGUAAUGGUCCAGUGCGACGGUGACUUGACAGAAAGCUUCGAGGAUAGGGAUGAGCAAGUUUCCUCCAGGAAUUGCGUGCAAGAACUUGAAGCCAUUGCCGAGUCGAGCAUCGAGUUCGAUACUGAGGGAAUCAUGGAUGUGCUUGCCACUAUCGACCAGAUUGAUUGGCGGUCUGCGGAGUGGGAAGACGGCCGGGCACACAUAUUUCGACGCAAAGUAAAUGUCACACCUGCAUUACGAAUUAGCUUACAUCAUCUGCAAUGGAGAGACCUGGGCUAGGAUCCGUUGCUUCUA